CUCCUUGCCAGGGUUCUGCAGUGCUCCAGGCAGCGAGUUUUGAAGCAGGAUGGGAAAAAGACGCUGUGUUCCUCCACUUGAGCCCAAGCUGGCAGCUGGCUGUUGUGGGGUAAAGAAGCCCAAAUUGUCUGGGAGCGGAACGCACAGUCAUGGGAAUCAGGCCACAACUGUACCAGGCUCCAGUUCAGGUCCUCUUCAGAACCACCAGCAUACAGACGGGAAUAAUGGAAGGGAGAACGUAUCUGACUUGACUUUGGGCCCAGGAAAUUCCCCAAUUACUCGAAUGAAUCCCACUUCAGGAGCUCUGAGCCCACUUACUCGGCCCAAUGGAACUGCCAACAGCACCAAGAACCUGGUGGUGACAGCGGAGAUGUGCUGCUACUGCUUUGAUGUACUCUACUGUCAUCUCUAUGGUUUCCCUCAGCCACGACUUCCUCGAUUUACCAAUGACCCCUAUCCACUCUUUGUGACGUGGAAGACGGGGCGAGACAAGCGGCUUCGUGGCUGCAUCGGGACCUUUUCAGCCAUGAAUCUUCACUCAGGACUCAGGGAAUACACAUUAACCAGUGCACUUAAGGACAGCCGAUUCCCCCCCCUGACCCGCGAGGAGCUGCCCAAACUCUUCUGCUCUGUCUCCCUCCUCACUAACUUUGAGGAUGCCAGUGACUACCUGGACUGGGAGGUUGGGAUCCAUGGGAUCAGAAUAGAGUUCAUCAAUGAGAAAGGUGUCAAACGCACAGCCACGUAUUUACCUGAGGUUGCUAAGGAACAAGACUGGGAUCAGAUCCAGACCAUAGACUCCUUACUCAGGAAAGGUGGCUUUAAGGCUCCAAUUACCAAUGAUUUUAGGAAAACAAUUAAACUCACCAGGUACCGCAGUGAGAAGGUGACAAUCAGUUAUGCAGAAUACAUGGCUUCCCGUCAGCAUUGUUUCCAGAAUGGCACUCUUCAUGCCCCCCCCCUCUACAAUCAUUACUCCUGACACACGGCUGCAUGACCAGUCCCACUCCCCAGUUGCUGCCAACGGCUACGACAUCAUUGGGGCAGAUGCCUCCUCUUCCUGGUCCAGUUACUUCUACUACUGCACCAUUUUAUGAUGCUAGCUUCCGUUGCCAAGUCUGCCUUCCAGCUGACCUGGGGGGAGGAUGAGAGCAUGACAGAACUUCAGGGGCCCAAGCCUUAUCUCAGCCUUCCCUCCGAAUGGGGGUUCAGUUGGAUUGGGGCUCCAUGCCUACGAACUGUCGUGAGGUGCAGAAGACCUCUAGGAGUGAAAGUGCCACUUCGGACUGAUCCGUUCUCGUGCGUUACCGACACUCCGGAAACUUGAGUUGUUCAUUAUGGAAGCCCCCCAGAUCAAGUAGGAGCAUUCCCCUGGCAGCCUGGGCAACGGAGUGCAACAAAACAUUUUUUAGGUUCUUUUUAAUUUUUUUUAACCUCUGGUAUCUGUUGUGUACCAAGAGCUGAUUGCAGUCCCCACACAUCACAGGCGGACAUUAUGAUAUUGGGGAGGGUUGAACAUCGGGAUAGCACCCCAUCCUCACGACAGAAAACACUUAAAGAUGUGAAAAACCUUUGGAUGGUAUUGCAGAUGGAUCCAUUAUUUAAAUGAACCCUAGAAAGCUUUAAUUAUCAGAUCCCACUGUAGGUUGGAUUCUCUAGAAGUCCUCUUGGUUUACAGUUUUCUGGGUUUUUAGACAGUGCUUUGUAAUGUAGCCUGCUGUGAAAUAGAAUGCUGUUAUGCCUGUAAGAGGGCAACACAGCACAUGCUGUGUAUGCAAAGGACAAGGUACUUGAGUAUCCUUGGACAGUCUUCUCUGUUACGACUAAGUUCUGUGUCCAAACAUUUGUAACGGAGCCCGAUUGCAUUAGGGGUGAGGAGGGAUUUGCAGGGCAUUGACUGUAGUCAUACAAGUGAGACUAGUGACUGAAAUUUGUUUCACUUAAGCUAACCGUCUCGGGGACCUUCCUUUUGAUAGGACAGACACUUUCUCUGGUGUGACUACCAACCUUGAGAACUGUGAGUAUUCCAGUUUAUAGCAGGCCUAUGGAAUAGAGCUAUGUAGUUUCACUGGUAAGUUAUUAUCUUAUACAGUUUAGUCAUUACCACAUCAAGGCAAUGAGCGGGAAACCUGUGUUACACAAACUGUGGGAAACUGAUGUGCAUUCUGUAUUUCUUCUCCCAUCAUUGAUGAUUACAAGAAAUGCUCUCUUCUGAGAGGAAGAUAAGUUACCCAGUUGUUAUUCUGCAGCAUCAUUGAGGGAUGUCAUAAACUCUAAAUUAUGACACUCUCUGCAUGAGGUCACUGGACUUCAAAAUAAAAUUGUGGGGUUUUUUUUGUUUGUUUUGUUUUCCAAGUUUCUGGGGGGUCAGCAAUGAUCAGGAAAGAAAAUACAAGUGCAUAGCAGAGUAUUGGCUAUUUGGUUGCGUAUCUCUUUAAAGUUUGCUUGUGUGUGGUAAUGAUGGCUUUUAAAAUUGGCUGGUGUUUCAAGCCUGAAAUUCUCUCCUGGCAUGGCAGGGAAUAGGGCUGGUAGAAAGCUCAGAACUGCAUGCUGCUGCUCCUUCUGGUCCUAGAGAAGCAAACAGAAUUGUGCAGUUUCACUUCAUGUUGUUGUAACGUUCUCCUGCUGGAGGAGAGAGACGUGAGGGAAAGGAGGGGGUCCUAUUUUGGAUAACGGUGCAAUAUCGACCCAGCUUUCCUACUGUACUGGGUCAUUCUUAUAAAUUGCCACUUUUCCCUUGUGAUGUUGUUGAAAAGCAAUUGAAGAUUAAGGGAUUGUUUCGUGAUUUCCUGCUGCUGAGAAUAAAUCGGUCUUGUUACAAACUCGAGUGGUUUGUAGUUACUCUCCCAGGUGCCGUGUAGUGAUGGGGGAGGGUGGAGUCAGCUCUGGACAUACCAUUCACCUUUCAGCUGUCAAACAGUAUGAUACAUAGGGCUACACACAUUACUGUUCAAGUGUUCUAUGUUAGAAUUUAAUUUCUAAAAGGUUUAAAAAAAAGCAAAAAAAUGGUGCUAAAACUUCACCCCUGAGCACGCUCAGUGAGACUGGUCAUGCAGGCAUAUAGUGCCAGGCUUUUCAACAAUAUUGUUUCUUUUUUCAAAUGUUUGCCCUGUUCUGUGUCUUCAACAGUGUAUAGUGUUUU